AUCUGAGCAGCCAUCAACACCUCUCUUCCUGCGACCGAUAAGUUGGCACGGGCACGCCAGCAGACAUGGACCACAAAGACCGCUUCUCCAUGGCGUCGUCGCGAGAGCCGAACCCGCUGCGUCCAUACUACAUCCCGCCCUCGAUAGGCCCCGGUCCAUCAGUAUCAACAUCACAAGCCGCGAACGCGACCCGGCCUGGCACUACAACAGCAUCACGGCCCGAUGCCUCGUUCUCAUCAGCCCGCGACUUAUUUCCAGACCUCGACAUCUCGUCCACCACGAGCGAGGCCUGGUCACAUACGCGCAGCUUGUUCGACACCCUCGCCUGGCGCUACACAUCCGUCCUGCUGGCUCAACCCUUCGAUGUCGCCAAGACCAUCCUCCAAGUAUCUCUCCCACAAUCACAAGAAGUAGUGACUUCACAGAAAAAGCGCACAGCACAGAGCACAGGCUAUGCUCGCAGCAGUAGAGGCAGAGGAGGAAACCCCUACGAAACGGAGACGGACGAGGGCGAGGACAGCGACAGGAGCGAUGAUAUCCCAGACUACUUCUCAGCUACAGCACCGCGCAGUCGGUCACCCCGAAGACGAAAGAGGACCCCACCGAGUGAGGAUCUAUCGCCUACCCCACGGCCGAGAAACAGAACCCAACCAGGCGCAGCAGAAGAUGUGGUAAUACGAGUGAAGAAGCCGGAAAGCGUGAUGCAGGCCAUCUCUGCUCUGUACAACACAUCGGGAGCCGUUGGAUUGUGGCGGGCAAAUAACACUACGUUUUUGUAUUCAAUAUUGCUCCGAACGACAGAUUCCUUCAUUCGAAGUCUAUUGCUUGCGAUACUCGGUCUGCCCGACAUUGCUGGUCCUGAUCAGGGAGGACUUGGGCCCGGUCUGAACUUAUCAGGAGGUGUUGGAUUCAGCGGCAUCGAUCUCGGCGAUUCUCCGAAUCCUAUCGGAUCACUGUUCGUCAUUGGCCUCGCAAGCUGCUUGACGGGCCUGCUACUGGCUCCACUGGACCUGGUUCGGACGAAAUUGAUUGUCACGCCCAUCUCCGAGGGCAAGCGAGGCCUAGUUUCAAACUUGAAGCGACUUCCUUCCUUGGUCGUUCCGUCCAACCUCUGGACACCUACUGCACUGUACCACUCAAUACCCAAUGUGUUUUCUGCUGCAGCGCCGUUGUUCCUUCGACGCCAGUUAGGUCUAACACCCGAGCUUACGCCAUCUUUGUGGUCGCUCGCUGCUUUCACGACCACCCUCACCGAGCUCUUUGUCCGCCUGCCAUUUGAGACCGUCGUUCGAAGAGCGCAGGUGACGCAGCUCAGGCAAACGGAUCCGGACACGACACUCAUCGUCGAGCCCGCUCCAUACAGCGGCGUGUGGGGCACCGUCUACGGCAUCAUGUACAGCGAGGGCGAGACCACAACGAAGGCCACAAAUGGCAUGCUACGUACACGACGAGGGCAAGGUGCAGCUGGACUCGUUCGAGGAUGGCGAAUUGGCUUUUGGGGUCUGGUUGGCGUCUGGGGUGCCGGGGCUUUGGGACCCGGAGAUGGCAAGAAUAGAGAAUUUUGAUGAUCUCUUCCCACGUAUUGUGGCGUGGCGACAGAUUGACGUGCUGCUCUUGAGCAAAUGAUACCCACUUCCUUGUGUUUAUGCGAUACAGAUGACCGCUGUGAAGAAGCGAACAAUGCACA